AUGGCUGACUUUGACCUCAACUCCACCUUCAUUCCGGCUCUGCACAAGCCUGCGGCCUUGCUCCCCAUCGCAAAGCACCGCGAUGCCCUGCUGUACCUCAUUGAGACUAAGCAGGUCACUAUUGUCGUGGGCCACACGGGCUCCGGCAAGACGACGCAGAUCCCGCAGUUCCUCGAGGCGGCGGGAUGGUGCUCCGACGGCAAGGUCAUCGGUGUCACGCAGCCGCGCCGCGUGGCAGCCACGACGGUCGCCCUCCGCGUCGCCGAGGAGGUUGGCUGCGAGAUCGGCAAGGAGGUCGGCUACGCCAUCCGCUUCGAGGACCUCACGUCGGCCCAGACACGCAUCAAGUUCAUGACGGACGGCCUGCUCAUCAGGGAGGCCCUCGUUGACCCUCUGCUGACGCGCUACUCCGUUAUCAUGGUCGACGAGGCCCACGAGCGGUCCAUCAGCACCGACAUUCUCUUGGGACUGCUCAAGAAGAUCCUGAAGAAGCGGCCCGAGCUGCGCAUCAUCAUCAGCAGCGCGACGCUGCAGGCCGAGGAGUUUCUGCGGUUCUUCACGACGAGUCCCGGGGACGAGGAGAAGAAACCGGCGGCAGCACCAGAAGACGGAGACGACAAGACCGGCACCGACGACGAAAAGGGCGCCAUCAUCAGCUUGGAGGGCAGGGCGUUCCCCGUCGACACGCUCUACCUCGAAUCGCCCACGGAGGACUACGUCGAAAAGGCCAUCUCGACCGUCUUCGACAUCCACGCGCAGGAGUCAGAGGGCGACAUCCUCGUCUUCCUCACCGGCCGCGAGGAGAUUGACUACGCAGUCCAGGCCGUCGCCGACCGCCUGCUGGACAUGAAACAGCCGCAAGGCCAGCAAACACUACAAGCACUGCCCCUAUACGCGGGCCUCACGACGGAGCAACAGAUGUACGUCUUUGACAAGCCCCCCGAGGGCACGAGAAAGGUCGUCUUCGCGACGAACAUCGCCGAGGCCUCCAUCACCAUCGACGGCAUCGUCUACGUCGUCGACUGCGGCUUCGCCAAGCUGCGGGCCUACAACCCGCGGACGGCCAUCGAAUCCCUCACCUCGACCGCCAUCUCCAAGGCGUCAGCGUCCCAGCGCGCCGGCCGGGCGGGACGGACGCGGCCGGGCAAGUGCUUCCGGCUCUACACCGAGGACGCCUACCUCGGCCUGCCGGAGGCCACGGUGCCCGAGAUCCAGCGCUCCAACCUGGCGCCCUUUAUCCUGCAGCUCAAGGCGCUCGGCAUCGACAACGUGCUGCGCUUCAACUUCCUCAGCCCGCCGCCGUCGGAGCUCAUGGCCAAGGCCCUGGAGCUGCUCUACUCGCUGGGCGCCCUCGACGAGUACGCCAAGCUGACGAAGCCGCUGGGCUACCGCAUGGCGGAGCUGGCCGUCGAGCCGAUGAUGAGCAAGACGCUGCUGAGCGCGCCGUCGUUUGGGUGCCUGAGCGAGGUGCUGACCAUCGCGGCCAUGACGAGCGCCGGCGGGAACAACGUCUGGUUCCACCACGACGGCGAGCGCAAGCAGAUGGAAACGUCGCGGCGCAAGUUCGCCGCCGACGAGGGCGACCACUUGACGCUCCUCAACGUCUACCAGGCGUUCGUGACCACGGGCCGCAAGGAGUCCAAGUUCUGCCGGGAGCACAACCUCAACUUCAAGACCAUGACGCGCGCCGUCAGCAUCCGCGCGCAGCUGAAGCGGUACCUCGAGCGGUUCGGCGUCGCCGUCGACGAGUCGCUCGGCCCGGGCCCGGCGAACCACCGGCCGCAGGACAACGCGACCAAGGCCGAACAGAUCCGGCGGUGCCUCACGAGCGGCUACUUUGCCCACGCGGCGCGGAUGCAGCCGGACGGCACGUUCCGCAACGUCUCGGGCGAGACGACACUCCACGCGCACCCGAGCUCGCUCAUGUUCAACCGCAAGGCCGACUGGGUCAUCUUUCACGAGGUCAUGGAGACGGGCACAAAAAUCUUCAUACGGGACAUCACCAAGAUUGACAAGAACUGGCUGGUGGAGUACGCCCCCGAGUUUUACCAGGUCGUGGACACUUCGGCGAGAGCACGCGAGGCUGAAGCUGAAACGACGUGA